AACUUUCUCUUUAUAUUGUUUUGUAAUAUCAUUUAGCCAUUUCUUAUUCUCAUUGUGAAUGUAUUUUAUUGCUUUGACUGUAUCCUCAGAGUGUUGUUUUAUGAAAAAUAUAAAAACACUGAGUUGACAUAAAAAGGCAUAAAAAGUCAAUUAUAACAAAAAUAAUCGCAUACUUAUGACGUUUAAUCUCUUUGCCAAUAGCUUGUUGUGUAACUUCCUGCAUUACAUUCGGCUCUUUAAAAAGUUUGUAAGAUAAUGUUGACAAUAAAACCAUAGCAACAUUACGACAUCCUGACAGUGUGACUGUUAGCAUCGUGAGAGACUUUCCUGGACCUAUCAAUAUGCCUAUACUCAAAAUUCCUAUCAAACAUUAUUUAGGAAUAGUGUCUCAGUCUCAGCAAGAGGAUUUCAAGAAACGUUUCAGAAAGAGGGCUGAAGAAACUGGUACUGCUAGAAAUACCACCGGUGUCAGAAGAAACCCAUUGGAAACAACAGAAGGCUUCGUCGAAAAAUACAAUCGAGCGCAAGGAUGCAAAGAGCAGGAACAGUAUGAAAAUGCUGCGCAGCAGUUUCUAAAUCGAUGCAAGCGUCGUGCAGGAUUCACACGUGGAGGCGAAGGCAGAUGUCUUGAUCUCCCCUGGGCCUGGACACGGCUUCUCCUGCUAAGUUCAUGCAACGGAAAAGUCAGAAACGAUUCUCUGGACGUCCUGGUCGUAUCACUGGACCACGCACCCGUUGAUCCAGAUCAGAUCCCUGCGCUGUUCCACCUGGCAGAGUCAGCCCAGCGUUUCCUGAGCUCUGAAACAACUCUUUUGGGCCAGCCAUGUUCUUACGAAGUGAAGAUGCUGCAGCUUGGUUAUCUAGUCUCUCUGAGGCUGCUCGUCUUUAAACUGACCGGUAAUUUGAAAGGACACCAGCCAAGCAGCGUCUAUCUUCACAGCCUGAAAGGGCUGUUAAAAUGUGAGACACGUUACCGAGAGCUUCCCAACAUGUUAUUUGCCGCUGACUUCAUGCUGCGCGUCGGGGAGGAUCUGUGCGCUCUCAGACUCGCCGACGCCGGUUCAGUGCAGGUCUCUGCGGAAGCACGGGAGCACGGUGUUAACCAGAUACUAUGGCACUGCCUUCUCAGCUAUCGCUGCGUGCAAAACAAUGGCGCUCGGCUCUCUCCGGUGAUCAAACGGCUUAUGUUGCUGAGAGAUAAACUUCAACACGACAACUGGGUCCACUGCGGGUUAGGACUGAUGAUCCUGGGAGAGGCUGCUAAAUCUAGCAUGCUCUGCCUUCAGACACUUAUGAACCUUCACGUGACUCAAAGACAAGACCGUUCUCAGGAAAUGACAUCGCAGAGCGCGUCCUGGCCGUGGCAGCUGGAGCACAUUUACUGCUCUGUUAUGAUCGACGUUUGCCAAAACAGCUACUGCGCUGAGCUGAAGAAAACAGCCCUCGGUGGACAGUCAAACUCUGCUCAGCGCAGGCCUUCUGGAGGACUUAUAAGCUUGCUGAAACAAUCGCAUGAAGACGCGUGGAGGCUGCGGCACGGUGUGGUUCAGGGUUUGACACAGAUCAGCCGCAGGAUCACGCUUCAGGGAGCUUUGAGGAACGAGGCCCGGUUAACGCUGCAGGAACACCUGAAGCAGGAGACAGACCCCCGUGUCACGAACGCUGUGAGGAUCACCCAGGGUGAUAAAAGGCUUCUGGAGAAGCACAGAGAGAGGAUGAGAAGUUCACACGCGGUUGAAGUAAGCGUAUGUGCACAGAGCGAGCGGAUCACCGGUCGGAUAGCGCACUCUCUGUCCCAGAUCUGCUCUGCAGACCACCAGCACAGAAUAAAAACCACCGAACCCACAGCCGGGGCCGGAAGAGGACGCCCUGAACCCGUCGCACCCCGCUCGGUUACCAAAGACCUUCACAAAACACCAAGACAGGGAAAACAUGAAGCUUCUCAUCUGGACCUGAGAACCAGGACUGAUAUUGAUCUGAUUAAAGUUGUGGAAGAUCAAUGGCAAAAGGAACUGAAAAUAAUGGCGGAAAGAGAGGAAGAGAUUGAGAAGACAGAGCUGGAGGAAGAGGAGAAGAGCAUGAAGAAACGCACGAAAAAGAACACAAAACCUUAUGAGUUACCAUGGUUUUACAACACACCACGAGUCUAUAAAGCAAUGAGAAAAAGUCCUUAAAAACCAACCCAAAAAGUCUAGACAGUAUUUAUUUGUUUGUAACAUUUCUUUCAAAUGACACAGAUGAACAUUCGGUGGCUAUAAUUGUAAUCGCCAACACUGGUAAAAAGAUGCAUACUCUUCAGAUAGUCAACACAGUUUUCAAGAUUAAAAAAAAAAAAAAAAAAAAGGAAUGUU